CCGCCCAACAAGCCGCUCCUGCGACCGGAUGUGGCCAUUUAAUGCUGAUGUGAAAAGGGACUUUUAUUCCCCAUGUACCGCUGCUGCAUCGCACCAACACCAGCCAUUGAAUAGGGCUCUGGAUUCACUGUCGGUACCGAUAUACCUUGUCUGCCGGUUCUAAAUCCAACAGGCAUGGUUGCAUGUGGAGGUCAACAGGCCGUUGGCCAAGGAGCAUGACCUUGUUAAAGCCUCAGCCUUAAAAUUGAAAGAUCAUGGUCAUCAUCCAUCACGGUUGACGUGGAGAUUCUCUUGGCGCUUCCUACUACCAAAGAGAAAUAUUUGCUCCCA